AUGUAUACAUCUUCUGCAACAUCAAUUUCACUGGUUUUGGAACGAUUAGCAGCUACAGUAUUCUCAUCUUCUUAUGAACAUUGUGGAAUAUGGUUUGGAAUUCUUCUUGCUAUUCUUCAAUUUAUAUUUUCCUCAUUUUUUCUAUCAAGUUUGUAUUCAAAAAAUGUCCAUACAAAUAAUUGUUAUUGUCAAGUUCUAUCAUUUGUAGAAGGAAAUAUCUACCAAGUUCACAUUGCGAUUGUUCUUGUCACGCAUAUUUUCUCACGAAUUGUUUUCGAAGUUCUAUUAAGAUGGAAUGAAGUGAGUUUUUUUUUAAUCUUUUGCGUCAGCAGAUGUUUGUUUUUUCUUCAGAUGAAAAGAAACAAGCUUACAAUUUCUUUGAGUGAUCGAUUUACAUUAGAUCAAAGUAUCAAAUCGAUGAAAGCUCUAACUUUCGCUAAAAAUCUUAUGUUUCUCGGUUUCGUGAUUUUCAUGAUAAUUGGAAUUGUGUUGUGGAUUUUGAAGAAGCAACAAGGACAAUUGAGUAUGCCAAAUCAAAUCGCUUUAACUGAAUGUGAGAUUUGUUAUUGAUUAAAUGAAAACUAAACUUGAAAAAUUUCCAGUAGCAAUUUUUCUCCCACUCUACAGCAUAAUUGUGACAAUUUUAAUGUAUCGGAAACUCGAAUUUAUCAAACAAUCAAAAAGAGAAAGUCUUCAAUUUGCAAUGGAAGCUGGUUCCGAAAGUCACUUCGAUUUUUUUCAUCAACAAAUAAAUGGAGAAUCUGAACUAUAA